UCUGCAGCAGAGUGCCCGGCGACAGUGGAGGAUGCACAGGGUCCGCUCUGCCAGAGUCAGGGAGACGUUCGUGGGGAUUGACAGAAGCUACCAGCUCUCGCUCAGAUUCCCGGCAUUGAGGAGGGAGAGAGUCCACAGCUUUUAGAGCCACGCUUUAAAAGUCUGACGGAAAGGAAACAAACCUCUCAGCGCACAUUGACAUCCAGCAUCACAUUUUCUUGAAGUGGAUUAUGACGUCCCUCGUCGGACUAUGGUCUCAAGAGGAUGGAGCAUCCAACGCAGACCGUCCCUGAGGACUAAAGAGAGACAUCGCCCUCCUCACAUCAUCACAGGUCUUCAGCUUCGGGACAAACCUCCUCCACAAGUCUCCUCCACAAACAGACCCCCCGGCUCACGGCCCCACUAGGAACACCCAGCAGCAAGAACAGGGCCACCGGAGCUCACGAGACAAGUGCUACGAGUCAGGGAUCAGCAGGGGGGGGGGGCGCUGGCCUGAGGGAGAGCCCACGGAUCUCACAUUUAAGCAUGUUGUUCAUUGACCCCCACUGCAUUGUAUUAUAAUGCGCAAAUGGAUGCUGACAUGGAACCUUCCAAAUCUGUUCUCGGGACUGUACCUCCACGCGAUCUUCUUGUUCGGCAGCGUGCGUGUGGUCCACAGUGACUGCACUCCGGAGCAACUCGCCGCCAUCACGAACUGCACCAAACACGAGCGCCACACGAGGAACUACGACUAUAUGGAGGGGGGAGACGUGCGCAUCCGGCAGCUGUUCAGCCGCACGCAGUGGUUCCUCACAAUUGACGACUUUGGCAACAUCACCGGGACUCAAGAUCCCACCAACUGCCACAGCAUCCUGGAGAUCAGGACAGUGUCCGAGGGCGGCGUACUGGCUAUCAAAGGCGUGAAGAGCCAGUAUUAUAUCUCCAUGACCAAGGCUGGACAGCUGCAAGGCAAGAGGAUCUACAACGAAAACUGCAACUUCAAGGAGGUUUUUCUAGAAAACUACUUCAACGCGUACUCCUCUGCCAAGUGGACUAAAAACGGCAAAGAGAUGUUCAUUGCCUUGUCCCAGAAGGGAAGGCCGAUGCGAGGGAAGAGGACCAGGAGGGAGCACAUAGCCUCUCACUUCAUCCCCAUGAAGUGCAGGGAGGAGGAGAGGAGGGUGGAGUGAGGACGCACAGGAGCGAAGGAGUGGAAAAUUGAUUGUGUAUGAUUUCUAUUCACAUAUUGUAUAUGUUAAUAGACACUAAACAUCACGCUCCACUCUGUUAGUUCUGUGAUGUUUCAUAACUUCCAUCAGAUAAAGCAACAGUUAUCGGAUGGGCACAUUAAACUAUUUUUUAUCAUUAAACAUCCUCAUAUAGGAAGUUGAAAUGAGGAGAUAUUUGAAAUAGUGGUGCAAAAACCCACAAAUGUCUACUCAGUGUUAUUGUUAUUUUUAGUUGAGUAUUGUAUUUCCUUAUAAAAACAGUUAAGUGUUUUCUUAUAAAACAGUAAAAUAUAUUACACUCAGCCAGAUGAGCAGACCUGUGUGAUCAACCCAAACGUCCAGAACGGAGAUUUGUGCUGAAGCAAGCUGGACUUGUCUCUUUAUCUUCUUUUUUUUUUUUUUUUUUUUUUACUGGUCCAAGUGCUCGGUGCACACAGAUCAGAGUCAAAAUAACCUACGACAGCAUGUUCAGUACAGUCAGAGUUAGCAGGACAAUCUGUUUGAGGGUGACCUGCUUUGACCCCCUCUGGCUGGUCGAAGGCAUUGCAGCUGCUCACUGAUUCCUUCUUCGUUAUCAAGGUGUGAUUUUUGAAAUGCUAAAAUAUUCUGCUGCUGUUAAAAAGAAUAAAUAUACAAAGUGAACAACAUAAUCAAUGUGUAUGCUAUGCAAUCUCUUUCCAUCAGAGUUAUUCACGCCAUACACAAUCAUGUAUCACGUAUUUCUCAAAGAGGACAUUUCACAUUUGCAUUUUAACCCCCGAGACUAGAAAUAGAUCAGACGGUCAUUUUAUUAUUUACUACACGUGAAAUAUCAAAUCAGCGGCUUGAAAUGUAUUAUUUGUUAAAAAAAAUACAAUUGGCUAAUUUGUCCGUGUCCCUUUUUUUUCUACUUUAGUUCGUAAUGGGGUUUUAGAGAAGUCUUGGUUCUAACUCACACAUUGUACGACACCUAGAACAUCCAGUCCUACUUUACACAUUCAGUAGAAAGAGAGAAACAGCCACUUUUUUUUUGAGGAAUUUCUUUCAUCACAGGUCGUUUUUUUCCCUUUACGGUCCGACAGUUUUUGAGAAAUACAUCUUCCUUGCCAAAUGUUCUAAGUUCCAUCAGCAAGUAAUUUAUUCACAGCAGACACUUGGCGAUGCAUAACCCACGUCUGCAAGCACCGUUGCCUUUUAGUGAGAAGCAUUUUGAUGUUUAUGUGAAAAAACGUUGCUUUGUGCAACUUUAGGAAGAAACGCUGUGCAUGAACCAUGUCUUUCUUCUGCCAAGUACGAGCGGCGAGCUCUGGAGUGGGAUGAAGAGGGAAUUGUAUUCUGCUGACACACUGUGAUAGAAAUU